AGGUGAAGGAUGUUAUCAAAUUGUCAGCUGUCAUUAUCUUACGUGGCUGUCAGUGUGUCAUAGUAGUCAAGUUUAAUCCUUUACAGUACUCAAUGACACUUACACCUAUAAAAUCAAUCAUGUCAGAGGAGGGUUGGCUGGACACCCUAACAUGGGGAUUAAGUGGAACUUCAGCCUUGGCCAUGAUGGUCGGGGGUGUGGUGCCAUACAUCCCACAGUACCUAGAGAUAAAGCGGACGGAGAAUCCCGAGGGAUUCUCACUCUAUGUGUGCCUUGUUCUCUUAAUUGCCAAUACUCUUAGAAUAUUGUUUUGGUUUGGCCAUUGGUUUGAGCUGCCAUUGCUUUUCCAGAGCAUUAUCAUGAAUAUAGCCAUGAUGAUGAUUAUCUCACUUUGUGUUUCUAUUCGUAACAAAGGGCAGCUUGUGCAUGGAAAGGAACAUGUAUUUACUGAUUUUGAUUAUGAUUAUUUUUGGGAAUGGACUGAUGUGCAGUCAUAUGUGGAGUUUAUGAUGACUUUCUCCACCAUGGGAUGUCUUCUGAUGUAUGUGUUCAUUGAUUCCAUCGUCUUUGUGGAGACGGCAGGAUUCGUGUCGGUACUAACAGAGGCCAUGCUAGCUGUUCCACAGUUUUAUAAGAACUUUGUGUCCAAAUCAACUUUUGGAAUGAGCCGACAGAUGGUGCUGAUGUGGUUGAUGGGCGACACGUUUAAGACGAUCUACUUCUUCUUGCGGUCGGCUCCUCUCCAGUUCUUCAUUUGUGGUUGUCUACAGAUCUUCAUUGAUAUAGCGGUGCUCGGACAGUGUUUUAUAUAUAGAAAGAAGAAUUCACAUUUAAUCAAUUAACCUUAAAUUAAAUAUUAGCUGCAUAAAGGAUGACUAACCAUAGGAAACAAUACAAAUAAAUUACAGUAUGUGGUUUAUUGUUUCGUCAAUGAAAUAAUACAGAAAAAAUAUUUAUAAAAGAAAUGAAUUACCGUAAUGAACAUUCAUUUUACAAAUUCAUAGUAUAAGAGAUUAUUUACUGUACUGUACAUUGACAUUUUACUCUUAUUUUAUGCUUUUUUUAAUAUCAACAUGUUAAACUGGCACGAUCCUCUCGAUAAAAAUGACGAGGAAGCAAGGUCCUCUCUCGUAGCUGCGUGAUGUAUAGGACUGAUAUAUGACAUGACAAGCUGUAGGAUGACUUUAUAUAGUUUCCCCCAAUGGUGCUCUAAUUUUUCAGGUUAAUGAUUUUAAUUUAUGUCAUCAAUACUGUAUAUAUUUUUUUUCUUCACUUCUCUAAAUUUUGACGUUACUUUUUUGGGUGGAUAUGAUUGAGUCUUGAUGUAUACUUAUGAUGGAGAUAUUCUUAGAGCAAACAGACUUUUAGGUCUGUAGAGUCUAAUGCCAUGUUUUCCUCACUCUGCCCAUUAACAAUUAUUUUAGUUAUAUAAUUUAAUGAUGAUACCAAUUAUACUAAUCAUUAUAGAGAAAAACCUGUGAGUUAUAUACUGUUGAGAUUUGUUCCAUCGUGCUGGUGACUGGCAUGAUGGAGGCAGAUGAACAAAUUUUAGCUGCACAACUUAUGAUGUUAGUGCCUUUAUUUUAGUGAAGUAAGAAACGAUGCCUUUUAUAUUUAUUGAAUGUCUGUAGAGUGUAUAUCAGAGUGUCAGGAAUUAUUUUAUAAUUAUCCUCAUCCCUGUUGGUAAAGUUUGUUGUUUCAGGUAUACAGUGAAACCUCUAUUUAACGAACUAUAUGAAGAGAGAAGUCUGUUAUAUCGAGGUCCGUUAGAUGUGAAACCCCCCAUCUAACAGAUUACGGAUAUGGAGAGAUACGUCCUUUAUAUGGGGGUUCCAGUGUAUGUUGAUACUGUACAAGUUAUUAUAGUGUAAUUACAUGAAUUACCUGAAUAGUUGAAUUCUCUGUCAGGAAUCAAAUGGUUGUGUCUAGUAAGAACCUUUCAGAAUACACACAUACAUACAUUAUACUGUAUACUGUUGUAUAUGUCUCUGAAAAAUAUGCUUUGUUUUUCUGUUCAGAUGGCUAGUGGUAGAAAGUCAUUUUGUACAGUAUAUACUGUACGGUAAAUAGAUAUAUGUAUUUUGGUAGUAAACUGUACAGUAAAGUACAAGUAGAGUACAUAUCUAUAACUUCAAAAUUUUGGAUACAGUAACUCUUACUUUCUCACUACUAUAGUUUCCAUUGGUGCCCCUGAUCUAUACAGGUUAAAUUAAAAAGGUAGUCAUGAUGUGAAACUAAUGUAUAAGCAGGAAUUUUCUUUCAUCCUAGAUCAUAGUGAUAUACUAAUUCUCAUGGCAAUGGUGAGGUAAAUAAAAUAAUCCUGAAGUUAUCUUGAAACAGUUUUUGGUUGCUCUUGGUGUAGUUAAUUGAGAUGGUGCAUGAGGUUUUAAUAGUGGUGGGUGGGUGGGAGAGUGUUGUAGAUCAUAUGACUCAUUAAUGUUGUUUGUGAGGAGGUAUUUAUGAAACAAAGCUAUAGGAAAACAAAGUUAUAAGAGAACAAAGGUACAGGAGAAUAAAGCUAUAGGAGAACAAAGCUGUAGGAUAACAAAGCUAUAGGAAGACAGAGUUAUGAAAGAUGCACAUUUGUAAUAUUUUGUCCCUUGAGGAAAAUCGGCUUAUGUUUACAGGUUGUAGCCCAUACCACUUCUUAGUCACUGUUCUUGCUACCCGAACAUCUGGCAGUAAUGUUCCCUGCAUUUUUGUCAGUUAUUUGUGAUUAAUUUUCUUUAAUUCUGCCCUUAUAAUUGUAUCCAAAGAGCAUUCAAGUGUUAGUGGUGAGUUGCAAUGUGAAGAGGAAGCAUACCAUAUUGUUCCUAAUAUUAUUGAUGUGAUUUAAACAAUGUUAGUUUGAAGUUGUACUCAUUCCUAGGCUACUUUUAUGCGAAGAGGCCAAACAGUUUCACCAAUAAUUUAAAAUAAAUAAACCUUUUAACUUAUUUAUAGCUGGGUGGUUACAUAACUUUAAGGUGCAUUAUGAGUGGUGAGAAAUUUUUUCAUAGUUAAGAUACAGUAUAUUGAUACCGUAUUCUGUGGUCGUUAUUUCUGCAAUCCAAAAAUAUCCCAAAUCUGUACAUUGCUUGGUGCCUAGGAUAUGUAGUAUCUUUUGAAGUAAUGGAUGAUCUGGUACAAUUUAGGAAAGAAUUUUAUAAUGUAGAUUGGUAGUGAGUAAAAAUUAGUCAUGAAUAGUACAUUAUAGUUUAGGUUGAUAAUGAAUGGUGCAGUGUAGUAUUGGUUAGAAUGAAAGGUGUAGUAUUGGUUUGUUAAUGAAUGAUACGAUGCAGGUUUGAGAAUACCACUUUUAUUAUUUAAUUUGGCUAACACCAGACGAUUUUAUUUGACUAAGAGAGAAACCCAUACACAAGAGGUUAGUACACUAUGACGCCUGUUUUAAUAUUUUAUUUGACUAAUGCCAGACGAUUUUAUUCAGCUCAGUGGAGACACCAUACACAAGGAGUAUAAAUGUCCCAUGCACUUACUUUGGGUAGCUAUAAAUUAAUUAAAAAUUGUAUAUGAUAUUGAAAAGUGGCAGGUUUAAGGUAAAGAAAAAUUUGUAGGAUGAACAAGUGAAAGAAGAUGUUUCUGGAUAUUUUACAAAGUAGGAAAAGAUUACAAAUGACUUUGUUUCCCCUACAACUCCACAGAGAUAUAGAAAAGGCAGGAGUCCCUGUAUGUGUUUUUGGUAAAUGUAGGACGUUUGGGUCAUGGACAUUUGGUUUGGAACAGGGUGAUUAGGACUUAAUCUAACCUAACCGUGGCCCAAAUGUUCACUCACCAUUUUUUUCACCCACUUCUGAGCAUAAAACCAUGAACAAAGAGCAGUUGAGUUUAACCAGCAUGGUAGUAUAUAGAUCUCAUUUAAUAUCAGACAAAUUCAAUAAUUAGUACGGUACUUUACAACUUUAUUCUCUAGAAUUAAGGCCACUUGGACAUUGCAGCAGCUCAUUAGGGGAUGUAUCCACAUUUAUUGGCAAAAACUUGUCCCUCACUGCUAUCAAUAUGUUGCCUGGGUUGUGAGUGUGUUAACUCAUAACUCAAACAGAUAGCAGAGGAUUUCACUUAAGCUUGUUACAUAAAUAUAAAUUUACUGUAGUAUCUAUGAUGUUUUCAAUAAUCAAUAUUUUCUCUCCAUAAGUUGGGAGUUAUUGCUAUAGCCAGUUGUCCAUGGGUACUUGUGCUACAGUGUUUAGGAUAGGUAUCUUGUGGUGGGGUCCUGGAGCUAAUGAAUCUUUUUAAUGACACUUGUUAGUAGCUGUAAUGCAGUAAGUGAUGGGAGGAAUUAGAUCAUUAGUACAUGGAGGAGCAUGAACUAUGUAAUGAAUUCAGGAAUAUAUAAAUGUGUGCAGGAAAGAGAAAGAUAACAAUAUUAUUUCAUGUUGCUGAAUAUUAGUGUAAUGGUAAAACUUUGGGCCCAUUCCUUUUUUUUUUUUUUUACAUAUUAGAAGAUACCAUACUGUACUACUGUACUAAGCAAAAUUUGGAAUGGAAGAAAUAAUUUUAAUAGAAUAUAUUUGUUGUUUUUAAAAUAUUGUACUAAAUAAAGUUUAAAAAUA